GGGUAUAUUAAAAGAUUAUGCCCCAAUUCAAUGCAAUUACCUUUAAAGGCUUCAACUUCUCGGAAAUAAUGAGCAUUUGGAUAUUUUUUGUAGCAUUGAUAAGAAUCAAUUCGACAGCCCAUGGAGAGAUUCCCCGAAAUUUGUCAUUUGCCUUCUUAGCGCAAAGUCACUUAAUUGGCGCCAAGCGCGCUGACUAACCCGUAGAAGUUAAAUGGACUUUCCAGUCUGUCCAGCCACAGCUCCUAAUGAAAAAACUUAUGUCAGCAUGAUCUGUAAACGUGCCGCCUGUUGCGCGCACCAAGUUGCAAAAAAUCAUAAAA